UUUUGCAGAAGAAAAUAAGUUAGGGUUUGAGGAAAUGGCGUCCAACUCAGUGAGUUCACGUAGACCCGGCGGUUCGUGGACGGUCCAAGAGAACAAACUGUUUGAGAAGGCACUGGCCCGGUUCGACAGAGACACUCCAGACCGGUGGCAAAACGUGGCUGCGGCGGUGGGCUCCGGUAAAUCCACCGACGAAGUCAAGCGGCACUACGAUAUCCUAAUGGAGGAUCUCCGCCGAAUCGAAUCCGGCCGCGUGCCUCUUCCCAACUACAGAAACAUCUCCUUCGAAGAAGAAACAAGGCUUCUCAAGUUUCUCAAGAUGUGAGUAUGGUGUUUUCUUCUUCAUCAUCUUCUGCAAUUUGCAUGCAUGAACUUAGUUUUUUCCCUGUGUUUAAUUUCUAUGUAUAGCAAUUAUCAAUAUAUAGGUUUAAGCUUGUGAGUUAAUUUGCGUUUUCUCGUAAGGUGGUGUUUGCAAAAUCUUUCGGAAACAGAUUAUGAGCUUUUUGCUCAUAAUUU